GUGAAGACCACCAGCUCCGCCAAACAAAUGCCCUCUGCUCUGUCUCAUUCUGAUACAGUUAUGUAUAUGAAAAAAUGGAUCUAUCAAAGAGUGAAGAUUCUUCGGAUGACAGUAAGUGUUCAAAUAAAAAUGCUGCACAUGGCCAAAGAAAAUACACUGGAGGACACAAACCUCACAACACCCCAAAUACUGGAUUUGUAAGUAACAAUGAAAGCCCUUGCUCACUGCCUAUGCCAGACAUUCUUAAGACACUCUCUUCAAGUCUUAGUGGUACUCUCUCAGAAGGCAAUGGAUAUCUCCUCAGCUCUGUUAAAAGGAGCAGAACCCAUGACUGUGUAAGAGGAAUGGGGUUGCAGCAGACUGAGAGCCCUGGAUACAAAGAUGGGACCAACCAGCACCAUCACAAUAAGCUUGUGACCAGUGUGAGCUUUUCAGGAUUUGAGGCGCCUCUACGGCUACUUCGCGAGAAUCGAGAAACAUCUGGCAGCAGUCAUGAAAUCAUUGAUUACCGUAAUCUAACACCACAAGUGACCUUUGUGCCCUGCAUAGCAAAAUCCAUUCCUAAAAAGAGGAUCUCACUAAGAAAGCCUAGAAAGACUAUUAAAGACUUGUUCGUUCACAAAAGACACAAGCAUGAGAAAGCUAUGUUACCGUGUGGGGUUGAAAGUGAAAAUGUUCCAACAUUGAUACGGACGAAGAAGUCUUUUAAGCACAGAGAACGUGCCUCGACAGGGAGCAUGUAUGAUUGUGAUCUCAGCGAGACAUUCUCAGAUUCUUCAGGUGAAUAUUCAUCUAAUGUUUGUGAGGAUGCUGCCUCAUUAAAAAGCUUUGGAUCUCAGGCUGGUUGUGGAGAGAUAUUUGCUGAUGAGGAAUGUCUUAUAUCCCUUGAUCAUGACAAAGCUACAUGUGAACCUCAGAGACAAAGUCCUACUGUUACAGGCUUCCAGGGAGGUAAAGAGUGUCUUGCCUCACCAGCUCACCUCCUGGACAUGUUUGGAGUGUGGGAAACCUUAAAUGGAACUAUACUCUUUGGACAAAGUUCAAGAUCAUCAGGAAAUGCAACAGAAACCACAACACCUACUGCAAAAUCUCCUUCCACAACUAAGCCUGGAAAUGUCUCAACAAAUCCACCCAGACCUGUAGAGUCAAAGAUUGGGGAACCGAAUACUGAAUUGAUAAUCCCAAAAAGUGACAACCAAGAGAACUUUAGUGAUGAGGGAUACUGUGAUUAUUUUUCUCCUGGUUUUGAGGACCACAGCAAAGGCUCCCUCACCCCAGAUCACUCCAACAAGUUCCCUAGUGACACUUGCAGUGGAGAUGCUCUUUACGAACUGUUCUACGACCCCAGUGAUGCAGAGAUAACCCCUAUCUUUGAUAAUGAGAUAGAUCUUACAGACAGCAUUGUUGGCCAAUGCAGUGACCUUCCAUUAUCCAUGUACAGCUUCCAUGUUGGAGCAGAGGAGAAUCUUGCCCCACCUUUGGCUAGAGACUUCAUUGGCCAAGAGCUUGUGCAGAGUAAAUGGAUGGGGAAGGAUUGUUUACUAAAGCUUUGUGACACAGAGAUAUCUCUGGCUAUGGGUAUGGUUAACUGGCUGAAGCAGAGGACAGACAAAAGCAACCCAAUGGAACUGAGGUCUUCACAAACUAGCAGUGCGGAAACAGGCGAUGUAUGUCUGAGAUGCAAAACCCAGUCAGUGGGGGUUAGAAAACCACCAAGAAAAGUCCCUCCGAGAACUGGUAAUAGUAGAGAAUAUAUGCUUAAUGUCACAGAGAAAGACUCAACCCAGCAAGGCUUUGUUGUUCCCUUAAUAGAUUUUCCCUCACAAUUUGAUGUUAACACAGUGAUGUCAACAUUGGCCUCUCCAGAGAGCCUACCCAAAUCCCCAACGAGUGGUGCGUGUUUCAGAAUAUUCAAUAUCGACUCCCCAAUGACCCCAAGUGGAGAUUUGCAGUCUCCUGUGGUAAGCUCACCUGGCUCUGGCACAAGAUCUUUGUUUGUGCUGGCCAUAAAUAAGGAAUCUCUUUGUGAAUCUUGCAGGAGCUCCCUAAGAACUGGAGAUAAAGAUCUGUACCUGUGCCGUACUUGUAUAUCCCUCAUUGAGCACAUCAAGACUUCAGACCUGUGGGCCUGUGCCAGCCUUCCUCAGUCCAAGACACUAAUUCCACAGCCAGUAACUAGAGAUCAUCUAUCCCCAGCCAGCACCUGCGGGAUAGACAGUGAUAUCAGCAUAGCUUCUCUUGUUGAGAAGUGUGCUUGUCAGUUGUCUUCUAUAAAGAUUAACUUCACUCAAAAGCCCUUACGCUGUGAAAAAAGAGGUGUCCUUGAACCUGAGCAAUGGGUUAAAUGGAACAAAGAACAAUCACAUAAAUACCUAAAGUCAAAGCACAAGAAAAGACUAAUGGCAACUACAGAGAAACGCUUGCAUGCUAGACAUUGCUUGAGGAUGUCCAGUCUCUCUGAGGAUGUUCAUAAACCUUCUCAUUUGGAGACUGAGGGACUAGGCUUUGACACUACUAAUGGUUCAGAUGAUUUGGUGUUGGAAACUUACAGUUCAUGCACCGACAUAGACACAUCUCAAGCUACUUGGCCUACUUGUCUUCCUCUCAUGGCCUCUACCUUGUCUGAGUUUUCUUGCAGAGAGGAUCACCAUAUUCACCAUUUGAAUAAGAUGGAAGAUGGAAACCCAGCCAAAAAGAAGCAUAGAUUACGCCAUCACAGGAAGUCUGCUGUGAAUAGUGAGGAGUCAUUUGUUUUCUCGAGGGAGAAGAAGGUAGAAUGCAGAUUCAGAAUGAAGAAGUAAAGCUCAUGUUAAACAGAUUCUGGUUUUCUGGAUCCUGACUGUCUUAAACUCAUUUCAUUCUACUAUGCAGUACCUCAGGGCAGCUGAAUGAUCUACCAACUGUCAAAGUGUCUAUCUUUCAUCCUAAAUAAUUCUGACCUGUUUGCUCGUUUUACUGACACAGUGGGCCAGGAACAACAACACGUCUGUUGAUCUGUUUUUUGGGAAAAGUGACAUUUGUCUGAAACCUGUUGUAUCAGUUUUUUGCUUUCAUUUGCUGUUUUUUUUAUUUCAUGUUUAUUGCUGGUGUUUUUUUAAACCUAGGAUCAAUGACAGGACAUACUAGUGCAAUAACUACAAUAACACUUUAUUAAUGUUUAAGGGACACAUACACUGAUAACUGUUAAAUUGUUCUAAUAGAGAAAACUUUGUAAAACUGAAGUUCAACAUUGGGAAUUUCAAGUACAUAGUGGGAAGUUACACUUUAUUUUUGUAUACAGGAUUAAAACAAUCUGACAAACUUUGAAAAGCUCUAAGCUGGAGUUUAGAGGGCAAAAGAUCAAUUUAUUUUAAGGAUUGGGACAUUCAAUGGAAUCAGCUUUGCCUUUUCAUUUGUCCUGCCAUUAGUGUUCAAGACAGAGACGGGUAAUGUGUAUCAGUGAAUAAAUUAGGAAAAGUAGUCCCUUGAAAGAAUGCCUCUGAUCUGGCUGAUGUGACCAGAAUUGAUGAGUGCUCCUAAAAAAAGGGUCCAUUCAUACAUAUAGUAGGACUCCUCAAAAAGCAGGCAGGUGGUGUCGUCUUUGUCCAUUUUGGAAUGUAAUUCUGGCAUUUCUGCCCCUAUUUUACUCUGUAAAUACUCCGAUUCAACUCAACUUGGACUGCAACAGUCCAGCUGGGGCUGUACAUAUUGAACUGAAUUUCUGUAAAACAUCCCCUUAUAUGGCUAUCUAUACAUCUGUCCAUACAUCUAUCUUUGAGAAGACAGUUAUCUGCAUAAAUAUAGAUGUGGAUAUGAUUAUGAGCAGACAGUUAUCUGCUAUGUAUGAAAAUACUGUAUGAAUAUUGUAUGAUGAAUCUUGCAGUAACACUUUACAAUAAGUUUCCAUUCUUUAACAUUAGUUAAUGCUUUAGGUAUCAUGAACUAACAAUGAAAAAUGUAUUUUUUUACAACUUUUUAUUAAUCUUUGUUAAUGUUAGUUAAUACAAAUAUAAUUUUGCAUUGUUAGUUCAUAGUGCAUUAACUAAUGUUAACAAACACAACUUUUGUUUUUAAAAAUGUAUUACUAUAUGUUGAAAUUA